GUUGCUGCCGGGCAUGUAUGGCCCUUACAUAAGGAUGCCGAGAUGUUAUCGAUCUUGAGUACCAUUAUUUCAUAAAGGACCUCGAGGAGUCCUUGAUUUCUGGAGACACCGACAUCGACACAAUACCUAACGUGUGCGAGAACCCGGCUACGGGCAUUGUUUCGAAACCAUUGACCCUCUGGUCAAGGUCCCUCCCCCUUCUGCACAGUUACCAACAUCGUUCACUUCCCGCAUUGGGAUGACUCCCGACUCCCAGCUAUCACUAAUCAAAGAACUGGUCAUCAGGAAAGAAGUUGGUUUUCGGCCCGAGUUCCUACUUUUGCGGCCAGCGAAACCUGUAGGAGAAUUUUGGAUGCGUUUGGAGAGAACAGGGCCUGUAAGCGCUCUCAGCAACCCGAAAUCUAGUGAAUGGGAGGCAAACGACGUAGUAGCACAAACAGUGUCGAGAAAACGAGGAUCAUUUUCAGACCCCGCCAUUGCUAAAGGAUUGUGCUGUGCCCUCGAUGCACUUAGGGAGGAAUCAAAAGUGUACCUGAUACUGAGAGUGUCAGGCCCUCAAAAGGAAGCGGGAGUUAUGGAACGGAUUAUCGAGGACGUUAUAAUGAUCAAACUGUGUGCGUCAAUGUGCUGAUCGCGACUGCUGGAAAGGGGACCCAUGUGCCGCUGCUACUGAUACCCGCGAAGGACUGGUAUAUGGGCCACAAAAAGAGCACAGAGCUGGAUAAGUACCCUAAGCGAGAUGCAGCCCGUGAUCCAGUAGGGGGCGAGGCAGGCAGACCAGAUGCGCUGAGAGAGAGAGAAGUGGAUAAUGGGCAGAGUUGA